GCAAGAUAUGCUUCGCAUCAUCCCGCAUCACCCCCGCACAUGCAAUGCGCGCCCCUGGUUGGUGCGUUGUCUUACAAGCUUGAUUCACACACCCUUGGGCGAUUAAGUAGUUCCGACUUUCCCGAGGACACGCGCCUAAGGCGAGGCGAGUCCAUCCUCCCAUCGCUCCCCCGCAACGUGGCGCGGCGCGCUCACCAGCAAGGUAGAAAGUCUGGAGGAACCGGCAAACAGAGCGUCUCGCGCAAGCGGUGUUGUUGGCUUCGCCGCCGCGCGCACGCCGCCGUGUUGCGAAGGGUGGGCUGCGUAUCGCGCUCUCCGUGUGCUAAGCGCAACUCACCCUCCCUUCCCAGCGCACGGAGAGCGCUGCUGUGUGUGUGGGGGGUGCGUUCGUCGUCAUCGCGCUCUCCCUUCAGUGCCAACGUAAAGCUUGCUCGCGACGGUCGCACACCGCAUCGAUCGUCGCCAAUACGUAGCUCCUCGUCCAGAAGGCCAGAGAACCGACGCGAGAAUAGCAUAGGCGGAGGAGCAGGAAGAGGGAAACAAAAAAAAACCCCAGCAUAAGCAUAAAGCUUCCCCCCGCCCCCUCGAGAACGUGCGGGUGCGUUUUGUGUUUUAUUUGUGUGUGUGUGUGUGUGGUUGUGGCGGGCAAAGUGUGGUGUACGUGCGGGUGGUUUUGGAUAUUCCCUUUUGCCGUCCCGGUGUGUCUUUCCCGUGUCUGCUGAACUGGGCGUGUUGUAGCGUGCCUUUUGUGUGUUUCUGUCUCUGUAUCUCUGUACGUGUGUGUGUGUGUGUGGGUUAUGUUUUAUGAUGCCCGUAUGCUGUGCUUUUGUGCCGUGGGAGGAAUAGUCGAGGAGCGGAUGCCAUCAACUCAUCGCGCCACACCGCACACCAAAUCACAUCGAUCAACCUACUCCAGGGGACGACGGCUAUGUGGUUGUGCAUAAGUGCUGCGUGCAUACUGUAUACCUCUCAUGUGUUAGUUAAUGUGUGAGCAAAUUUUGUGAAUUUAGUUGUAAUUUAGAAAACAGAAGAAAAAAAAACAAAAAGGUGCUUUUACAAUCAAUCCAGUUACAAGAAAACGAACCAACGGCGGGAGCUUCGGCAAGUCCGGGUCGAACGCCGUCACCAUCUAUCAAGCAGCGAAUUGCGCAGAUAGCUUCACCACACCAUUCAACCCCUCGAGAAAGACGGCUCUAAUCCGCUCAACGAAACCCCCCGCCCAGGUGAAAUGGAAAGUGACGAAAAGGACCAGCCAAAGGAACCGGCCCCGUUUCCCUACAUUCGGGGUUCGGACCCAAGGGUCGCCACCUGUCGCGGCAAGCUGCAGAGCAAGCGGUGCAAGCUGAACCAGGAAAUCAACAAGGAGCUCCGGUUGCGGGCCGGUGCCGAAAACCUUUACAAGGCCACCACGAACAAGAAGCUCAAGGACACGGUCGCACUCGAGCUGAGCUUCGUCAACUCGAACCUGCAGCUGCUGAAGGAGCAGCUGUCCGAGCUGAACUCCUCCGUCGAGAUCUACCAAAGUGAAGGCCUCGACUACGUUAUACCGAUGAUACCGCUCGGGCUGAAGGAAACGAAGGAGGUCAACUUUAUGGAACCGUUCUCGGACUUUAUUCUGGAGCACUACAGCGAGCCGUCGCACAUCUACGAGGACGCGAUCGCCGACAUUACCGACACGAGACAGGCCGCCAAAACGCCGACCCGUGAUGCGCAGGGCGUUUCGCUGCUGUUCCGCUACUACAACCUGCUGUACUACGUCGAGCGGCGCUUCUUCCCGCCCGAUCGCAGCCUGGGCGUGUACUUCGAAUGGUACGACUCACUCACAGGCGUGCCCUCCUGCCAGCGGACGGUGGCGUUCGAGAAGGCGUGCAUACUGUUCAACCUGGCCGCCAUCUACACCCAGAUCGGGGCGCGGCAGGACCGCUCGUCCGAGAAGGGGCUGGACGCGGCCGUCGACAACUUGCUGCGGGCGGCGGGCGUCUUCCGCCACAUCUUCGACACGUUCACGAACGCGCCGUCGAUGGAUCUGAAGCCGCAGGUGCUGGAGGUGCUGGUGGCGCUGAUGCUGGCCCAAGCGCGCGAGUGUCUGUUCGAGAAGCUGCUGCUGCAGGUGGAAAAUUUGCCACCGGGGCGGGACUGUGUACAGAACCAUCGUGACCUGUCCGGGGAAGCGACCCAGCUGGCGCUGGAGUACCGCGAGAUACAUCAGAUCAUUCACAGCAACGAUGCCCACACGUACCUGCCAGAAUGUUGGGCCGGGCUGGUACCGCUCAAGUCAGAAUACUACAAAGCACUAGCACACUAUCAUGCGGCCAAAACGAAAGUGAGCGGCCCGGGCGGCACCAGCAGCACGGCCGAGGACGCAACCGCCACCAACCGGUGCAACAAGCAGCAGCAACAGCAGCGGUACGGCCGCGGGCUCGAGCCGAAGGACACGUUCAUCUUCGACGAAACGUCGUUCGAGUCCGACCUGGAUCCGGUGACGCUCCGGCGGGCGCACCUGCGCGAAUCACUCUCUAGUCACGAGGAAGCGCAGCGCCUGCAGCGCAUGUGCCGCGAGCUGAAGAACAAGGUCGCCCUGUCGAAGGUGCUCAACUACGCGCACGAGCGCACCGCCGAGGAGCUGGAGGAGCUCGAGCUCGACCGGACCGGCACGGUCGGUUCGCGGUCGCACCUGUCCGCGCUGGACGAGCCGGACCUGGACCAGCUGGACGUGACGCUGAACGCCACGAGCAAGUUCACCAUUUCGCUGACCGGGCCGGACUUCACCAUGCACCGGUGCGACGACCCGUUCCGAAAGCUCGGCCCGAUCGCGAUCUUCUCCGCCCGGCGCCACUGGACGGCGCCGCGCAGCGUCCGGCUGCAGAAGGGCGGCCCGUCGUUCCUGCUCGGCGGCGGGACGCUCGAUCGCCGCCAGUCACCGUACGGGGGCGGUGCCGGCGGCAGCAGCAGCAGCGGGGGCAACAGUAGCAGCAGCCACAGCAGCAGCAGCAACAACCGCCGCCAGCAGUCGCGGUCCGGGGGGCGGUGCUGCGGCGAGUGCGCCAACAAGACGAACUACUACAACGACAGCCGGGCGUGCGAGGUGUGCCUGAAGGAUGUGUGCAACGUGUCGGAGCGCGAGUUCCGCGAGCUGAAGCUGCAGGACGGUGGUGGUGGUGGUGGUGGUGGUGGUGGUGGUGGUGGUGGUGGUGGUGGUGGUGGUGGUGGGGAGCAGCAGCAGCAUGGCACGGACGGGACAGGGGCCGAGGACGGCAGGGGCGACAUUAGCAGCUUCGGGUUCAAUAUACGGGGCGACGCGCCGGUCAUGAUAUCGACGGUGGAAAUCAACUCCCUGGCGGAUCUCGGUGGCAUUAAGGAGGGCGACUUUAUCGUGGAGCUGUGCGGCGUCGACGUGAAAUGGUACACGCUCCAGCAGGUCCUGAAGCUCAUUCGCAACUGCGAGCACAGUCUCGAACUGAAGGUCAUUACGCCGAUGGAUCGGAACUAUCUGAAGCCGAUGGCGAUGAGCCACAGCAGCAAGGGCUCCAUCUCCACGCUGUCCGGCAGCUCGUCCGGCAUCUCGUCCGGCGCACCGUCCCCGACCGGUACGACCACCAAAUCGGCGACCAAGACGCGCUCGAAGCUGGGGAAAACGCGCCUCAGCAGCUUCACCUCCGGCAGCUGGAACCCGUUCCGAAGGACGCAAAGCCUGGGCAAGAUUUUCUAAGGAGCAGACAGAGGGAGAGAGAGAAGAGAGAGAAAGAGAGAGCGAUGGGCAGCUUGCUUUUUUCGCCUUUUUUACGUUUACUUUUAAAACUUAGACACAGAAGAGACACAGAAAGAAAAAAAAAACCGCCGCCCCUCUAAGCGUGGGUCGGUUUUAUAUAUUUUAUAGUCGUGUCGCGACGUUCACCGGCUGAACGUGAACGCGUGACAUUAAUGCCAUUUUUGUUUGUUUGUUUGUUCUUCACAAAACACAAGAUUGUACAGAGAGAGAGAGUGAGGGAUAGAGUAUGUGUGUGAAGCGAGCAAGAGUGUUUAUUAGUUUAUUAGCAGUUAGAGCUAGAGAGGGCGCCGUAGUUAAACAAUAAAUGAAAUAAUAAAUAAAAAUAUAUCAAUACGAAUAACAUAAAAAAAGGAAAGGAAAACACGACUGGUGCUUCAAGGCGAGGACAGGCUGACAGAGGCCGCCCCAGCGCUCUUUCUAGCCGCAGCAAAACGUGUACUAAUCACGCUCAAGCAUAACCACCAGCACUUAAGAUAACUUAAUCCAGCUCUACGUUUUAACGAUACAAAAAGAGGUCCCCAUACCCCUGAUCGAAAGGGAGGAGGGGUUGUAAAAAAAAAAACAACAAUAAUUUAAAAACUAAAAUUACUUUCAAUCUGCAAAGAAUGAGAGAGACACAAUA